GAAAAAGUAGUUUAGUCUACUCCUUUAACAAAAGGUGUGUCGAACAUUGUCGUUCGACCGACUAUAAUUCAUAUAAUUGAAAUAGUGGACCGCGAUAUGAAUAUACAGUUCUCUAAAUGUUGCGCGUGUAUCGUUGCGUUAUCAAUAUGUUUCCCGGCUACUUACGCGUUUACUGAAAACGGUUUCGUUGUAGGGUCAUCGUCUCUGGAUGAUUUGUCGCAGACGGUUCGUGCGGCAUUUGGAAAAACGGAAGAAAUAUGGGAAGUAAAGAAGGAACCGUUGGACAAAGGGGAACAGAGAACAUAUUUAACCGAGGAAAAUGAAAAUUGCACGGAUCGUUCGAUUCAUGAUUUUCCCGCGGAUUUGUUCACGGACGAGCAACGUCGACAAGGGGCAGUGGUGUUACACGCGUUCUUUGGAUUCUAUUGUUUCGUGUUGACGGCAUUCAUUUGCCACGAUUACCUGUUACCGUCUGUCGAACUUAUCUGUACCAACAUGAACAUAAGCACCGACGUUGCUGGCGCGACAUUUCUCGCGAUGGCCAGCUCUUUUCCGGAAAUGUUCGUGAACGUGGUUGGAACGUUCCUGACCGAAUCGGAUCUGGGCGCAGGGACCGUGGUCGGUAGCGCGGUCUUCGAUACUUUCGCAACCCCUGCUUGCGGAGCGUUGACGGCUCUCUGUGCAAUCUCCUUGGAAUGGCGCGUAUUGACACGGGAUUGCACGAUGUACGUGAUAUCUGUCGGAACGCUGGUAUUAAUAAUGUGGGAUCAACGGAUAGUUUGGUACGAAGCCGUCAGCUUGCUAGUAUUAUUCUUCGCCUAUCUAGUAUUGCUGUUUGCCGGUAAAAGUAUCCUAGGUUGUUACCGCGAAACCUCUUGUUCCAGUUCCAAAAAGAAGCGUUUCGACAUUGACGGUAACAACUCGACUCCCAAUGAAUCGUACAAAUCGCAGAACGAUUCGGUCGUAAAUCAUCCGGAAAAGCGUAAGGACGGAGGCAACGAAGCGGAGAACGGAGGAGAAGGAUCUUUGGAGAAAUUGGCGGAACCUUCGGAAGCAGCAAGUCCGUUCGUUUGGCCGGAGGAACGAUCUCUGACCAAGAAAUGUUGGUUCCUCUUCUGUUGGCCGUUGAAAUUUCUGCUGUUCGCGACGAUACCGGAUUGCAGAACAGAACGGUUGAUGAAAUGGUAUCCGUUGACGUUCGUCAUGUGCGUGAUUUGGAUCGGGUUAUCUUCCUAUUUUGUCUCUUGGAUGAUGACCGUGGUCGGUGACACCGCAGGAAUCCCAGAUUCCAUAAUGGGCAUUACGUUUUUAGCUGCCGGAGGAAAUAUACCGGAGAUGGCCUCCAUUGUCAUUUUAGCAAGACAGGGUGACGGAAACAUGGCGAUGAGCAAUACAUUGGGGGCAAAUAUUCUCGACAUCUUGCUAUGCCUGGGUCUACCAUGGACGAUAAAGUGUCUGAUGUCUGGGAAAGACGUGGAAAUCGUUUCAGGAGCUCUGUCCUACAGCGUACUUUCUAUCGUGAUUUGCAUAAUCGCGCUCUACGCGGUCAUAGCAUUCUUCGGCUUCAAAUUGAACAAAAAAGUGGGAUUAAUCUGUCUGUUGUUGUACACGAUAUUCUUGGUGUUCGCCAUUCUUGUAGAAAUGAAUGUAUUUUACUUGGUUAAUUUACCGAUGUGCGAUUAACGAAACGAACAAUUAGUUUCUUCGGUCUUUUAUCUCGUUACGCUCGCACGUAAGUACCUAAAUACUUAUUUAUAUAAGUACUUGACAUAAUGCCGGGGUAAUCUAACACGAUUGCCGUUUCGCCUGUUUUAUACGGUAUCGAAUCGCUCGUCAACCUAAACGAGAAUCAUUUGCACGUUAUCAAGGUACAUAAUCUUUCGCUGUAUCUCUAUCUCAUUCUUUUACCUUUUUUUCUAUUCUUACAUUGUUUCAUCGUCACGAUAAGUAUAGGUAUGUAACAGUUGUACGCUCGUUAACUCAUCUACUUACUUGAAAAGGUAAACCGAACACAGAAUCGAAGGAAGAAAUCAAGAUUUUGACGCAUAUUCAAACGAUAUUGAAUAGAGAAUAAUUUAUUUUGACGAGUCGAAAGUAAAAGGUACUUACUUUGUUAGAAAGAAUAGCGCGCAACGAGAACGGAAGUCGAUUGCGCACCAUUUUUGCUUGAAAUUCUAUUUAAAAAAUACUCGAUUGUUCGCUAUUGCGAAUGAAAAGUUGAAAUAUUGCUGGUCGAAAAAAUAUCUCGAGUAAGGAGGAAAUUAAAAACGCAAGCGUUGGCUGUUGUACAGCCAUUUAUAGCGAAAAAGAGAAAGAGGAAAACUAAACGAUAGAACAACAAAGUAUUUGGGAGGCAUAAAGAACGAGCUAUAAGAUGA